AUGAGUAUUCCAAACAUCACGAAGCAACCGCCUUCCGAAGACGACAUGACACCCCAAGAAAAACAGAGCUAUGGUGAAUGGCUCAAGGAGGCAUACAAUAACGGAUAUGAGAGAUGGAUGCCCUGGAUCGAGGACCAGUAUCUGAAAUGGUUCGGAAAGGGCGACAAUAAAGCGUCUUAUGCCACUAAGGACUCGCUCUCCAAAACGAAGAUCACCGGUGUCGAUCAAGUAGAUCAACUCCAAGACGAUGUGAAUAACCUUGUUGGGAACCAAGUUGGCGACAAGGGAUUAUUCAAGCCUGUGGGGCAAUUUGCAUCAAAAGAGGGAAUAAAUCGUGCUGAAAGGAAUGGCAAGGAGGAAGAUGGGUCGUAUGCUUCUAACUCAGCUACGACUACGUUCACGGAUGCCGGAGCAAAGGGUAUGAAGGGUAUUGGAUCUGGAGUAUCAUAUGGCGCACAGUCAGCCAAGGACCUUACUUCGGGGGGAUUGGCGAGCAUGAAGGGGCUUGUGUCUGGGCAAAGCGAGAAAUGA